UCUCCCUCCGAAACCGACUCUAUUCUUCUCUCUCUGUAUAUUUAAAGCCCUAAUUUCCCUCUCACACCUAUACAUAUAUCUUUCUGUAUCUAUUUUUUCUUGACCGUAGAUUUCAGAUCUGACUUUAAAAACUAUGGUAGUGAACGGCCGACCGUUAAAACGUAUGAAACGGAGAGUAACGGCGGAUCUAAACGACUUUUUGACUUUUCCGGCCGGCGAACAGGCGGCGUCGGGACCUUUUCGGACCACGGUUCGAGAGUUUUUGUUACGGCACGCGCUUUUGCCACCGCCGUCUUCGCUUUUACCCCAUCUGCUGACGUGGCAGAUAUUAUUUAGGGUUGGUGAACAACUGGCUGGUGAUGACGUCAUCAUCGGUGGUAGCGGCGGGGAUGACAUGGCGGCGUCCGUUUGUUUAGAUGUGGUUGAAGAAGAUGUUGUUAGAUCUAGAUCUGUUUAUUGUGAUCAGUGCCGAGUUGUGGGAUGGAGCAGGAACCCGGUAUGUGGGAAGAGGUAUCAUUUUAUAAUAAAGGGUGAUGGGGUUUCCAUUGGUGGCUACACCAAGCCGUGUGCUGGUUGCGGUGCUUUCCUUCAUGUGUCUGACUCAAGGUGCAAAUCGUGCAACCAUGUCAUGACUGCUGAAGAUACUGAGGAUUGGAUGUACAACCAGCUGGAUGCUACCAAUCAUCUUUUACAUGGUGUAGUCCAUGCAAAUGGUUUUGGUCACUUACUCAGAGUCAAUGGCAGAGAAGGUGGGUCCAGGGUCCUCUCUGGCAAUCAUAUUAUGGACUUCUGGGAUCGUAUUUGCAAAGUUCUUGGAGUCAGACAAGUGAGUGUCAUCGAUGUUUCAAAGAAGUAUGGUUUGGAGUUUCGGCUACUCCAUUCUGUUGUUAAGGGUAAUCCAUGGUAUGGUGAUUGGGGUUACGAGUUUGGAUCUGGAACAUAUGGUAUUACUCGUGAAGCCUACAAAAAUGCUGUUGAGACCCUUGCAAAUGUGCCCUUAUCUACCUUUUCUUCGCAAGGAAGAAAACCUAGAACACCCUUACAGGACUUGAUUGCCUUUUACCAAUCACUAUCAGGGGGAGAAAUGAUAACAAGUAGAGAUCUAUUCCGUUAUUUAAUCACUUUAAUACAUGAUGCCAAAAAGAACUGCACAAUAGACGAUUUCAGUUCUUCUGAGAAGUCUAUACCUUGUGAACCGAGGGUUUUAUGUGAUUGGAGUACCAGUGAUGUCAUACGUGUUGAGGAAGCAAUGUGUAAAGUUUUGAAAGCAGUUAGCGGGUCAUCGUGGGUCAGUUGGCGCUCUUUGCGGGGUGCUGUUUGCAGAGUAGGCCGCCCUGAACUUCUAGAUUAUUGCCUCAAGGAGCUGAAAGGAAAACAAGCAGCUGAUGGCAUGGUGGUUAAUGCCCGUUCCAAUCCAGAAUCGGGUGCUCCUGAGUACAGGCUUGAACCUAGUAGUCUACAAUUGACUUCAGGUGCCAGCAAUCACCAAAGUGCUAUUUCCCCAUCUCAUGAUCGUUUGCUCCAAGAUAUAAGAUGCUUAUUCGAUGCUUUACUCCAUCCUUUAUCUAUGGUAAAUCAUGUACCUGUCACAAAGACUGACACAUUGGUCAAGUCAGCAAUGAAAAUUAUUGAUUGCAAGCAGUUUGUGAAAAACUAUUACCCUGGACGCUUCUUUUCAAAAGCAAGACCAGGUUCACUAGUACUCUCUUGUAAACCAGAACUUACUGAACAAACCGAAGGAGGAGCUGUACACUUUCCUCCAGAACACAUAAUCCUUUCUCCUGAUGCAACAAUUCAUGAUCUUAAAGUUGAAGCCUCAAAGGCUUUUCAAGAAGUUUAUUUGAUUCUGAGAAGAUUCCAGGUAGAAGAGCUUGUUGGAUAUAGAGGUGUAGAUGAAUCCACCCAAGUCAAGCUGCUGGUCGGGUCAAAGAUUGAGACAGUUAGUGUCCGUGGGAAGUGUGCUGGGAAGAAUGGGCUAAGUAGGUUCAGAAUGGAGAGAGGGGUGGAGGAAUGGAUAAUGGAUUGUAGUUGCGGGGCCAGGGAUGACGAUGGUGAGAGAAUGAUAGAUUGUGAUGUAUGUGGCUCAUGGCAACAUACGAGAUGUGCCGGUAUUCUUGACUCUACUAUGGUUCCUGUAAAGUUUGUGUGCUAUAAAUGUGACCUUGCUAGUGGCGGUGACGGCAAAUUCUCUUGUGGUGGUGAUGAUGAUGGUGUAGCGAAGGCAAACUUUCGUGUAGGUGGCAGAAUGGUGGAUUUUAGUCGAGAUGGUGGGAGCUCGAGUCAUUUCAGUGGCUGAUUAUUUUUUUUUGCCCAUGACAAAUUUUGUAAAUUAUUUUUUUUAAUCCUUUUUUUUUUUUUACCUUUUGGCUUUGGGUUUUUGGGUGUAAGGGGCUUUACUAACGUCGAGCGAAAUAGUGUAAAUAUUUAGACUUGGAUAGCCUCUAUUAUAAUACACUCGUCUUUGAUCCUUUUUAA